UAAAUUGAAUAAGCAGUCGCGGACAGCCGAUUGGAAUGGUCCUCCUGUUUGGGGGUUGGGCGUGGGUUUGAUAGGCUCACACCGUGAAACGACUUUAUCUAGAAACAACCAAAACUCGCCAUGGAUUCUUCUGGGGUAAAAUUUUCCGGAGGUAAACUAGUCCCCCGUUCGGAUCUCCGGGUGGGGACUACCUCGGGGAACUCAUGUCGUAUAAAGUCAAAAAGCGGGAGAGACAUCAAAGUGGGUACGUGGAACGUCCGAAGUCUUUACAGACCUGGGGCGUUUCAAUCGAUGGUCGGGGAGGUCGAAAGGUACGGGGUAGAAGUUGUCGCGUUGCAAGAAACAAGAUGGGCCGGGGAGGGUUCGCUUAAUGCGGGUUCGUACACGCUUCACUAUGGAGGGUCGGAGAUCCAUAGUCUUGGCAUCGGUUUUAUGAUUAAUAGGAAAAUCUUAUCCGCGGUAAAAGACAUUAAAUUUAUAAACGAAAGAUUAGGAUUGCUCGUUGUGCAGGGCCGAUGGUACAAGAUCGCGAUAAUCAACGUACACGCGCCGACGGAAGAUAAAGAUGGCGAAAUUAAAGACGGGUUCUACGAAGAACUCGAACACCUCGUGGAUCAAUUACCGAACGAUUACAUGAAAAUAGUCGUGGGAGAUUUUAACGCGAAAAUCGGUAAAGAGGACAUUUUUAGACCAACGAUCGGGCUCGAAAGUUUGCACGAGGAAAGUAACGAUAACGGAGUGAGGGUAAUUAACUUUGCGACCGGCAAAAAUCUUAUCGUCAAAAGCACGUAUUUUAAACACAAAAAUAUCCAUAAACAAACUUGGAUUUCCCCGGAUGGAGGCACGCGUAACCAAAUUGAUCACGUUCUUGCAGAUAAACGGCGUCACACGAACGUACUCGAUGUCAGGUCUUAUAGGGGGGCGGAUUGCGACUCGGAUCACCUCUUUGUAAUUGCCAAAAUCAGGGAACGUCUUUCGCUAAACAAAACUAACGGGCAGUUGUUUGGAACUAAACGUCUAAAUGUACAAGGUUUGAUCGAGGGAGAAAACGGAAUAAAAUACGCGGUCGAAGUAACGAAUAGACUCGCGGCUUCAAAGGAAAUAGAUGAAUCGGAUGAUAACACGGUUGAUAAACACUGGGAAAACGUACGAGACGCGAUAGUAAAAUCGGCGGAGGCCACGGUUGGUUUUUGUAAAAGGAACAAAAACAAGCCGUGGUUUGACGAAGAAUGCGUAAAAAUUGUUAAAGUACGAAACGAAGCGCGCAUCACGUGGUUGGCUCAAAAUACGAAGGAAACUCGGGAUCAGUUUCUUAAGAUUAGGCAAGAGGCUCAUAAUAUGUUUAAAAUUAAGAAGCGUCAAUACUUAAAACGUAAAAUUGAAGAAAUAGAUGAAAAUUGUAAAAGCAGUAACGUACGAGGCACGUACAUGGGGAUAAAUAAUUUUAGAAAGGGAUUCCAAGCUAGGACGGAAAUGGUGAAAGAUGAGAACGAUAAUUUAGUUACGGAUACAACGGCAGUUUUAAACACAUGGAAAAAUUAUUUUGAUCGGUUAUUGAAUGUCGAAUCUGAAAACGACCGGGAAAUAGAGAAUUUUGAGUAUCACACGGCUGAACCUAGGAUUAACGAACCGACAAUUUCAGAAGUAGAAAGCGCGAUUAAAAAAUUAAAAAAUCACAAAGCACCGGGUAAUGACUUGAUUCCGGCGGAACUGAUUAAAUGGGGGGGAAGUAGAUUGAUAGAAGAAAUUCAGAAAUUAAUUAUCUUAAUAUGGAAUAAAGAAGCAUUGCCGGAACAAUGGAAAGAUUAUGAGAUAAUUGGAGAUCAUCAAUGCGGCUUUAGGAGAAAUAGAUCGACUGCGGACCAAAUCUUUACUAUUCGGCAAAUCUUGGAGAAAAAAUGGGAAUUCGACCAAUCG